CAAAUAUCUUCUGAGUGCACUCAAGAAGGACUGAAAUACUGCUGCAUGAAUAAAAUUUUCAAGAGCCAAACUAAAACUCAACCAAACAGAAAAAAACUCAACCAUCACCACCAACAAAAAAAAAAUCCAACAAAAAAGCACCAGCUUUUAAAAUCAGAAGUAUUAAUAGUAUGCUACUGGGCAAAUUAGCAUUGCCCAGGUAUUUUUGUACUAUUUUAAGAUACAGUAAAAUUAUUUGUUAAGGUUGCUUAAAUAUUCUCGCUUGCAAAGUCCUCAAUUCUGAUAACAGUAACAAGAGAUAUUUGGCUUUAUAUAAGAUACACCUGCUUUAUUUAUUUUUCAGUGAAUAGUAGGCAUUAGGCUCAAACACUUGCACAUGGUAAUUUCAGUAGUUAUUACAAUUGUUUUGUAACUCAUUCCUAGGAGAAUUCAAAACGAGCAUGAGACAAAUUCCAGGCACAUUAUCACCCAGAUUUUAUUUACUCACAUAUACCACAUCAGAUUUCAGAUGUUAAGAGUUCAUAUUUAAUUGUAACAAGAUGCAAUGUAUAAGCAAUAAGAGUUCAAAAUAAUUAUUUUUCUGUAAGCAGCAGUAGAUUAUUAUUAACUAUAAAACUACAAAGCCAAUUUGAUAAACAAUGAUAAAAUGUAGAAGCUGUUAUACUAAAACAUUUUACAUUUUUACUAAAAUUGAAAGUUUCAAGAUGAACAUGAAAAAAUGCAGAGAGCAGAUUGUUAGGAUUCCCAAAGGCAUUAUGAUGAGAUGUACACAGUGCAUUGUAAAUCUGCAGGUGUACAAAUGUUAUUUUACUGCUCCAAAGAGGCAGAAAAACAUUGAAUUUAUAGACAUAUGCUAUUGAUUUCUUAGUAGUCUACAUAGGAAGUUCUACUAAGAAUUGCUAGAACCACCUCAGAUCUUCAACAGUCCUUCAAAAUUAACAGUCAGUUCAAGAGGCACCAGAGGAUACUGGGCAGGGUACUGUAAGUUUGUCCUGAUCUUCUAUUCUACCACAGACAACAGCUUCUAGACACAGUAGACAACCAAAUAGUUGCCAACUGAUUCAGGUCAGUUGGUUUUGUUUCAACUGUGCUUUGUAUAAAAUUAAAGACAAGCAUUUAAAGGUAAGCCCUGCGUGAUAUACACUGCAUACUGUGGGUACUAUAGCUUCAGAUAAGGAGAAACUCUUGUCACACACACAACUACUGUGUGGAUAGGUUGUUCCCCAUCUCUUAAUUCAUAUACCAACAUGUAAAGAAAAAAGUUUGUUGCCUUUGGCAGCUCCAAAGCACUCCUCUGGUUCUACCUAGGCUGAUAUAAAUGAAAAGUACCAUUACACAGCAUACAUAGUGUUUACUUUAUUAAUUAAACCAAACUGUAACAAAAUAUUGAAUGUGAGGGAAGAAAACAAAUUAGCAACAGAGGUGCAAUGAGAAGUAUAAAACCAUAUACAACUGACUUUCAAAUUUGUCUCCUCUGUAGCCAGGCAAUUAAAUUCAAAGAAAACACUUCAAUUGCCCAGAGGCAAGUACGGGCUCUACAGCAAGGAAAGGAAAAGAAUGAGAAGCAGUAAUUCUAUUUGUCAGAGAUGCUCUGCCCUGAAAGGAUUAAAUCUAUUUUCCCCAUUUGGGGAAAAGUGGGUACAUCCAAAAUGUCUCUUAAUCAAAAUCUGCUUAGUCUAGCAAGACAUAUUUUCCCAUGAAACUUCUAACCAAGAAGUUACUUUGGCAAAGCAAUCUGCUUUUCCAGGAAGUUCAGCAGUGAACUGUGACUAAAAUUACCACAGUUCCAGCAAUGCUGGUCAGUUCUUCUACAUAACAUCCUCGAUCUGUGGAUUAGUGUUGUAUCACUGCCUAUUUUCAACAUCAGUCAUUAUUAUUCUUUCUGUACUUCCCUAGGACUACAGAACACCUCUCACAGCACUUAUAUUUCCUCCCUGGAGUCCUUGCAACACAUAGAGAUGACAAAAUGUAUAGUCGCUACCUGUGACUACCACUGAUGUUUUGUAGACUUGUCUGGACUAUUAAAUAGCCAUCUUGCUUUCUCCUUCACACAACAUCAGUGGCAGGUAUUAGUGAAGACCAUAAAAAAAUCAAUACCAAAAAAAAUAUGGAGAAUCAUUGUAAAAAAAAAAAAUCACUUUUGCUAAUAAAAUUUGCAUUUUGUUCCUAGUGUAUGAUAGUACAGAUUGAAAGCAGGAAAAGCAAAAUGGAGAGUGUGGGAGGAAAAAAGAGGGAACCGGUACACUUUAUGUCCAUUUCUUUGUUAAUUUCCUAGUGUUUUGCCUUGACUAGCAGGAUGUUUAGUUCCUAGCCUAACUUAAAGGUUAAAACAAACAUGAUUAAGAGAUGGGAACCAAAUAAGAGGCACACAGCCACUGAAUAGGUGGUUAUUAUCACUGACAUUACAAGACUAGCCACAUUUGAGCAAUUCGUCCCAUUUGCUUUCCAGUAAGGUUGAAAAUAUAUGUUGUGCAGAAACUCCUACAUCUAUUUCCAUCUAGUUAUCAGUAGAUUACAAAGAUUUUUUUAACCGAAAUAAAAUGAAGUUUACUUUUCUUUCUACCCUCUUAGCAAGCAUAUCUGACUAUAUUAUAUUUGUCACUUGGAAAGAAAAUUUUCAUAAAGAAAAGGCAGACAAAAAAAACUACUUAGGCAUUAAUAAAAAGUUGUAGACAUAAGCUCUAAAUGAUGUAACCUGACAAGAGGCAUUGACAUACAAAUUAGUGAUUUAAUCUCUAACAUAGUAGCAGUCUAAGCUAUUGUGAAAUUUGAAGCUUUUCAACUCAUUAGGGAACCAGUUUUGAUAAAAAAAUAUGAUACACCACACAUUUACAACAGUCCUGCUUACUUAUUUAGAUUAGUUCCUUUUCUUAAAUUGCCUUACCUGGAAACAAGGCUUUAUAAACACCACAAAUGGACAUCACUUCUUCUGUGAACUUUGUUAUACUGAUCCAUCAAAAGAACUAAUCAAUGCUGUUCUAAAAACAUACAAAGAAACAACCUAUCCAUGCUAAAGAAAUGUUUAAGUAAUUCUAAAGAACAGAUGGGAUUAGAAGGAUUAUAGUAAAGGUUAGUCCUUAAAAUGAGUCAUUUUAAAAGAGUGAACUCAUCAGCCACUGAAGUAGUUUCCAUUCAAUCUGUAAAAUAUAUAAAGUGGACACAGAUGGAGAACAUAUUAAUUACAACUGAAAACGCUUUCUUGAGAUUUAAAAACUGCUUAACUUCUAUGCAAGCAUUAAUUAACUAAGAAUGUGUAUCUCAUCAUACAUGUUAAUUCUCUCUCUCUCACUCUUUUCUCAAGGUUUUCUACUCUCAGUUUCAAAAUCUCUGCAAAACGUAGAGGAUGCAGAUAUGCUGCUAACCACAUUAAAUCUAGGCAAAACUCUUCAAAAUGGAGAUAGAUUUGUAAACAGAGGAGCUAUACCUUUGCUGAAACAUUUUAAGACUGAAGACAACAGUGUUUUGGAUGAAGAGGAUGACAGAAACAUGAAGGUUUUGGACACAGGUUCCAGACAUGAUUUCUUAAAUCACGUUAUGCCAAUCAACUUCAGCAGAAAUCAACUACCUUAUCUUGCAUUGAAGGGAGCCAUGGUUUUUCCAGCUGACGCUAAAAUUCAAAAUAUUGAAUCAAUACAGGAAAGAGAGACUACAGAUGAAGAAAAUUCAGCUAAAUUCCCCAUAGGAAGAAGAGAUUUUGAUAUGCUCAGGUGUAUGCUGGGAAGAGUCUAUCGACCUUGUUGGCAAGUCUGAAAACUACUGAUCUAC